CUAGAGAGCUGCUCGCAGCUUGGUCUGUGCGUUACAUAACAGUACUGCGGGUCCGCUGUGCAGGCAGUCAGUGUAGGUUCACCUCCACUCAUCGGUUUACUUCUUCACAAUGGCAGCUCCGAAGAAAGUCUGCAUAAUUGGCUCGGGAAAUUGGGGGUCUGCCAUUGCCAAGAUAGUGGGUGCCAAUGCUGCACAGAUUUCAACAUUUGACAGCACCGUAAAAAUGUGGGUGUUUGAGGAGACUGUGAAUGGGCGCAAACUGACUGAAAUAAUCAACACUGACCAUGAAAAUGUGAAGUACCUUCCUGGGCAUAAGUUACCAACAAAUGUGGUGGCUGUCCCAGACCUGGUGGAGGCGUCCAGUGACGCAGACAUUUUGGUGUUUGUGAUCCCGCACCAGUUCAUUGGGAAAGUAUGCGACACCAUGAAGGGCAAGAUAAAGAGUGAUGCGCUGGGGAUAUCCCUCAUCAAGGGUGUAGACGAGGGGCCUGAUGGACUUAAACUAAUCUCAGAUGUGAUCCAGGAGAAGCUUGGUAUCACCAUGAGUGUGCUGAUGGGGGCCAACAUUGCCAAUGAAGUUGCUGAUGAGAAGUUUUGUGAGACCACUAUUGGGUGUAAGAAUAAAAACCAUGGGGCCCUCCUGAAGGAACUCAUGCAGACCAACAACUUCAGAGUUACUGUAGUAGAAGAGUAUGAUGUGGUGGAAAUCUGUGGAGCCUUGAAGAACAUCGUUGCGGUUGGAGCAGGUUUCUGUGACGGUCUGGGCUACGGUGACAACACAAAGGCAGCAGUGAUCAGGUUGGGCCUGAUGGAGAUGAUUGCCUUUGCCCGCAUUUUCUGCACUUCUGGGCCCGUGUCCUCCGCAACCUUCCUGGAGAGCUGCGGCGUGGCUGACCUCAUCACAACUUGCUACGGCGGCCGCAACCGCAAAGUAGCCGAAGCUUUUGUAAAGACGGGGAAGUCCAUUGAGGAGCUGGAGAAAGAGAUGCUGAAUGGUCAGAAGCUGCAAGGACCGGCAACGGCAGCGGAGGUUUAUCUCAUCCUCAAGCACAAAAACCUAACUGACAAGUUCCCUCUGUUCAAUGCAGUGUAUCAGAUCUGCUAUCAGGGCCAUCCAGUCUCAGAGUUCAUAAGCUGCUUGCAGAACCACCCAGAGCACAUGUAAGAACAGCAAACAGACCAAGUGCCUUCUAAAUUAAGAACAUCCAUUACCUGUCAGAAAUAAAUGAGAGCUGACCAGUCACUCCAUAGCUGUCGUGCAACUAAAUGUGGUUGCACAACGUGUGUUCAACUCUGGUUCGACCACUUUGUCCUUAACAUUCUGUUUCUGACAUCUUUAAGUGCUUUCUUUUAUUUCCUGACGUAUAAUGAAACUUAAAGGAUCAUAUUUUUCUUUUACCAAGUGGUGUUUAGCUAGCUCUUUUAAUUCCUGAGAUUUAAAAAAUAUAUAUUUUAGCCAGAUGAAAUCAGAAUGCAUCAUGUUGCCAAAUUGAAAACACAUCAGAAAUACAGAUUUUAUAGGAUAUAAAAAUGAUUUGAAAAUGUUUGUUGAUGACACUGACUCAGCCCUCGACUGCCAUUCACUUAGUUUGUACAAUGUUUAUGGCACUGCAUCAUGCGUUCAGAUUUCGGCAGUGCAAACCGCUCAGGGUAAAGACCUGUUGACAUACUUCUAAAGAGGGAAUUAUCACUAUUAUCUAAUAUCUCUGUUGCCGUCCAGUGAAUGCCUGUCCAUUACCACAAGUUGUUUAAUUAUAGAUGUAAUACCUCACUUCAUUAUGUCUUUGUAUGUUUUAAAGUGUCUUACAUAAUUCACAUGAUAUUUCCUGUCUUGUACUGUAUAUUAACAUACUGUCAAACGCACAGCAACAGUUUUUAACUAAAUAAAUGCAAGUGCCUUAGAAUGCACCUUUGCUCUUGGCCAUUGUCUAUCUAUAAUGUAUAUUUUUUUUUGGGGGGGGGGG